AUGAAUUCACCUGACCAAUGGAGUCCCCCAGAAGUAGAAUUUUGCUUUGCCUCAGUUAACAAUUCAUGCCCUAGAAAUAUGAGGUCGAUGCUGAGUGUCAGUACUAUGUACUUUGUGAUGAUUAGUGCUAUCGUGAUGACCAUGCUGGGCAACAUGUUUGUGAUUAUUUCCAUCGCCCACUUCAAGCAGCUCCACUCCCCAACCAACUUCCUGAUCCUCUCCAUGGCCACCACUGACUUCCUGCUGAGCUGUGUAGUCAUGCCCUUCAGUAUGAUCAGGUCCAUCGAGUCCUGCUGGUAUUUUGGGGACCUCUUUUGCAAAUUGCACAGCAGUUUUGACAUGAUGCUCUGUACCACCUCCAUUUUUCACUUGUGCUUCAUCUCAGUGGACCGCUACUAUGCUGUUUGUGACCCUUUGCAUUAUGUUACCAAAAUCACCAUCCCUGUUAUUGAAGUCUUUCUGCUUAUCAGUUGGUCUGUUCCAAUCCUUUUUGCGUAUGGUCUGGUAUUCUCAGAAUUAAAUUUAAUUGGUGCCGAAGAUUUUGUUGCCGCCAUUAGCUGCACAGGCUUGUGUAUGUUGGUGUUUAACAAACUAUGGGGUGUGUUGGCCUCAGUUAUAGCCUUCUUUCUUCCUGGGACUGUUAUGGUGGGGAUUUACGUGCACAUUUUCACUGUGGCCAGGAAGCAUGCUAAGCAAAUUGGUGCAGGUCCAACAGUGAAGCAGGCUGGGUCAGAAAGCAAAAUGAAGGCAUCCUCCAAGAAAGAAAGCAAAGCCACUAAGACUCUAAGCAUAGUCAUGGGAGUGUUUGUGUUGUGCUGGCUGCCCUUUUUCCUCAUGACAAUCACAGACCCUUUUGUUAAUUUUUCAACUCCUGAAGAUUUAUACAAUGCCUUCCUCUGGCUGGGCUACUUCAAUUCCACUUUCAAUCCCAUUAUAUAUGGCAUGUUUUAUCCCUGGUUUCGAAAGGCUUUGAGGAUGAUUAUCACGGGAAUGAUCUUUCGCCCGGACUCUUCUACAUUAAGUCUAUUUCCUGCUCAUGCUUAG